CGCUGAUCUUGGUCCCCGCGAGUCACUUCAUAGGGUAAAUGUUUGAUGAUGCCACUAUCCACUCUUGCGGAAACUGGAGACAGCGCAUGGAGGAGAAGUAGAUCCAGGUGGCAAACUCCCAAGGCUGUCCACCCGCAUCUAAAGCAUUGGCAGCCCCAGUCUCUCGAACCUUCCUCCUCCCUUUCGUUCUCGCCUGAGCUGGGAUGCAACUCCAUUUGUGAAUAUCAGGCCGUAUUUUCUUACUCCGUUGAUCGGUCACUUUCUUAUUCAUCGUCCUUGGGACUGUCUUUUUACCAGCACACAUUGACUUGUGGUGCUACUUGCGUGUACAACUCAUUAAUACAGUCGUCGAAAUGGCAUUUUACCCACGUCGGCGUCCUGCAACUAUACAGGUUUUCGCGACGCAUGCGAAGCGACAAGAGGCUGGUCUUGGGGCAGUUGGUCCUGGCAGCGAGGAUGGGCCAGAAAGCCCAGAUUCACCCGGCAGCAGCGCGUCAUUCACCCGAGCCCCAUCACCAGGUGACAGUUCGGAUUCCGAGGAUGACGAGCCACCAACGCCGAAGGAGAGUGUUUCGCCUAGCGGCGGCCAGGUCUCGCCAACAUCUGCAGUAACCUCCAGGCCAUCUGCGUUGCUUUCGACAACGGCCGCUCGAUCGUCGAGGACAGUGAGUUACAUAAGCCAAACCUCAUCGAGUACGCUGGCCACGUCAAGCACGUCAACUAUGUCAAGCACGUCGACUACGUCAAGCACGUCAGGCACGUCAAGUACAUUAAGUCGGACAACUUCAAGCACCUUAAGGCCGAACUCCUCGCCGUCCUUUACAUUGAUAUCCACGACACGGGGUAUUGGCGCUGUUGUGCCACAGCCCACGGAGCCGGCAACAACAACAACAGUGAGAACUUCCGUAAGAGUGACGUCCACGAUCUCGCUGGUCUCUCCUACCUCUCCUGCAACUUCCGUGUCCGCAUUCACAUCCACGCAGAUCUUGUCCAGCAAGAUUGCUCGACCGACACGACCCGCAACCACGACAGUCUCGGUAUUGCUGCCUCCUCCUGCAGGUUUCUCGGGUGUUCCAGUUGGAGAGAACGACGCUCCACGACGGACACGUCCUCAGCCCACCAUCAUAAGCAAAGGCGCUGAGGCUGCCGCCAUCACGCUUAGCGUUAUCGGCGCAAUCGCACUGGCAGUCGGCAUCUUCCUCUACUGUAAGCGCCGCCGCCGCCGCCGCAACGAGAAACUCGAAGCCGAGCUCGAACGAGACGCAGCCAACUACGCCGCGCUACAGCGCCCAGAGACAGCACACAUCACUACAACGCACAUGACGCAGUCUUCAGACCGCAGCGACACGCUUUUCGGCCCAGGCUCUUACUCGCGCCCUGAAACAGCCUCAACCCACAACGGCUCCCGCAUCCCCUUGUCGCAACCCACACCAAAUCCCUUUGCAGACCCACCUCUCAACAAAGCAUAUGAUGUUCUUGCCGGUCGGCCGCGCUCAACAACGCUGACAGACCGCGGCAGCUGGAUUCAGAACCCCUUCAAGGAUCCUGAGAGCGAGCGGUUCGAUCCGUUUGGCGAACUGCAGGCGAAGGCGCGACGGGAGCGGGUUAAGCAGGUCGAGCUUGCGAGGCGCGAGGCGGAGCUAGAGAGGCAAUUUGAGAAAAAGGAGAAAAUGGGGUUGGGGCCGCCGGAGAGGGUGAUGGAUAGGAAUGGGAGUGGGGUUACACUGAACGGGCUGGGAGUAUUGGAUCGGAGUGGUGGCGGCGCAUAUCGGUAGUGUAGGUUAGUAGAAGUAACAUGAGUAUGAAGCAGGCGUCCAGUCACGGUAUUAAUAAGAUACAACAGAACGGGUAGCAGAGCAUCUUGGAGCAAGCACCCCAGGAC